AUGGUCAGCGUCUUCGUUCCUGAGGGAUUGCAGAAGGCCGCUGAGGAAUCCAAGAGUCUCAGCCUGCAGGACUUCUGCAGCAAGCUCAGUGACCUCCGAGCCGAGGAGGGCGAUGGCAAAACUCAUUUGCAUCCCGUGCUGGAUCUGCUGGUGUCCGCAGAGAUGACGGACAUGGAAUGGGCUUCUUACGCAAGUCCCAUGCACUUCAGCGAGUUUCAACCUGUCCAGCACAUCAUCCACUGUGACGAUGAGUUCUCCGUUGUCAUUUCCUGCUGGAGCCCCGGUCAGAAGAUCCCUCCGCACACUGUGGGGCGAGGUCGUGUGAUGUGGCUGAAGGUCCUUCAUGGGAAUCUCCUCUUUCAGGAGUACUCCCCUGGCCUCUUCCCGUGGGAAAGUGAUGUCGAGCGACAAACGGAGCUCGGCGAGGGCUCCGCCAGCUUUCUGGAGGAGUGUGGCGUGCGCAUGCACGAUGUCAAGAAUCUCAGUGAAACUGAGCCAGCAGUUUCGAUUCAAGUUUUCUCUCCUCCUCUCACGUCGUUUACUUUUCAUUCGGAGAAGGGCACAGAGAGACGCGACCUUCCCUGGCUCGUUGGGCAGGCAGAUGCCACAAAAGGAUCUGAAGCAUUCUCCAGCUCGCGAGCCGUUCGCACCGCGGGACGAUGGUUCUUAUCCUUCCGGGGGCUGCAGAGCCUUCUGAACGAAGAGUUCUCUCGCCCGGAAGUCACGCCAACCGUCAUCUCGACUCUGCUCUCCAAGGCGGUGUUCAACCCGCAAGAGUGGCGAGAUCGGCUGUCCCUCACUGCUACGCCAGGCGGAUCAUCCCAAGCAGGCAGCGCAUGGCCAAAGCACAUCCUAGUUGCGCAGGAGAAGAAGUACAGCAUCAUCCUCUCAUUUUGGGGGAACAGCCCAGAGCGCUCCGUUGCCAUUGAGGGUGGCACCGGCAUGAGCUGGACGCUCGUUCUCGAAGGCGAGCUGGAGGAGCGAGCAGUGAACAUAGGUGCGGAAGGGCCGCAAGUCGUUCGAUCCAGUGUACUCAAGGAGGAAAGUUGCUCAUUUCUGAGCCGGGAAGAGACUUCCGGUGCUGCCGGUGCUGACAUCAUUGAGCACAGCCACUCCUCCGAGACGCCUUGCGUCUCGUUGCACGUCUACCAUCCGCCGCUGCCGGAGGCAUGGAUGACGGGAUGA